UUUGAUUUAUACAAAUCUAUCAGUUUUCUCAAACUAACAAAACCUUUUAAAGCAUGGGCAAAAUCGACUUUUUUUCUAUUCUUGUUGUUUUGUUAUUGGUUCAUGGCACUCAUGUUGCAAAAAGUUUAUAUGGUUUUGAUGAACUUGAAAGUUUGGAUGUUGAAGAUGAUGAAAUUGAGUUCUUGGAGUUGCCUUCGUGGUCAAGUCAACAUGGUAGCAAGGUUAUGAUCAAUGUGGAUAGCUUUGGUGCAGUUGGAGAUGGUGUUUCUGACGAUACAAAGGCAUUUGAAAAUGCAUGGUCAAAAGCCUGCUCUACAGCAAAAGCCGUACUUUUGGUUCCUCCUGGUCGCUCUUAUCUUGUUAAUGCAACAAGAUUUAAAGGACCUUGUGCUACAAAGUUAAUUGUUCAGAUCGAUGGAACAAUCGUAGCUCCAGAUGAACCCAAGAACUGGGAUUCGAAAAAUCCUCGGAAUUGGCUUCACUUUUCUAAUCUGACGGGAGCCACUUUCCAAGGACAUGGAAUUAUUGAUGGAUCUGGCAAGAAAUGGUGGGCUGCAUCUUGCAAAAAGAAUAAGACAAAUCCUUGCGUAGGAGCACCAACGGCGUUCACAAUUGAUCAAAGUUCAUCUAUAAAAGUGCAAGGUCUUACUUUCCAAAAUAGUCAACAGAUGCAUUUUGUCAUCUCUCAUUGUGACUCUGUGCGCAUAUAUAGUGUUGUAGUUUCUGCUCCUGAAGAUAGUCCUAACACUGAUGGAAUCCAUCUUACUGGAUCAACCAAUGUCGUUAUUCAAAACAGCAAAAUUGGAACAGGUGAUGACUGUGUCUCGAUUGUGAAUGCUAGCUCAAAUAUCAAGAUGAAGAAUAUUUAUUUUGGGCCCGGUCAUGGAAUCAGCAUUGGAAGCUUGGGUAAGGAUAACUCUACUGGCAUAGUAUCAAAAGUAGUCCUGGAUACAGCUUUCCUUAAAGGCACUAGUAAUGGCCUCAGAAUUAAAACAUGGCAGGGAGGAUCAGGUUACGUUAAAGGUGUACGCUACCAAAAUGUAAAAAUGGAUAAUGUAGCUAACCCCAUCAUAAUCGAUCAAUUCUAUUGCGAUUCACUUAAAAGUUGUCAAAAUCAGACGUCAGCUGUGGAAAUAAGUCAAAUAAUGUACCAAAACGUCACCGGAUCAUCAAAAAGCACAGACGCAAUGAAAUUUGCAUGCAGCGACACUGUGCCCUGCAAUAACAUAAUUUUAAAAAAUAUCAAUUUACUGAAGCUUGACGGUAAAACAGCCCAAACUUAUUGCAAUUCUGUUACAGGAAUUAAUUAUGGACAAGUUCAACCUUCAGCUGACUGUUUGACUUCUUCUGAUAAGUCGUCUAUUGAAGAAAUUGAGGUCAAUGAUGAUGAGCGCUUGAUUCAUACCGAGCUUUAG